AUGGCAGCCAAGGGAGUUGUUGCGGAGAAACAGGAUAACAAGUUGACCCAAUGCUUUGAUGAUAUACUACGACUUGCUGCGGAUUUGCUAUCGCAGCAACAACUCAAAACAAUUAAAUUAGACCCACAGGUCACAACCGGGUUUUCACAAGCGCAGCAAAAAGUGCUUAAGGAUAGACUUACACACUUUUACUCUUUGAUUGACACAUUAGAUGUUUCUUUGCAAACAACGGCGGAAUACGUUGAUGCAGUGAAGGCAAACGCUAUACAGAUCAAAAAGCAGAGAGAAGAAGAGGAAUUGAGAAAGCAAGAACAACAAAAGUUAGAGCAACAGAAACUUGAGCAACAGAAACUUGAACAACAGAAACUUGAACAACAAAAACUCGAGCAACAGAAACUUGAACAGCAGAAACUAGAACAGCAGAAAUUAGAACAGCAAAAGCUUGAACAACAGAAGCUUGAACAGCAAAAGUAUUCUGCCAAAAACACACCUAUGGAUAUGUUAACUACAUUCGAUUCGGAUUUACCAUCUGCAGGAGUUGCUCAACCCCAAGGGUUCAACUCAGAUUUUGGAGAUCUAAACGGCAUGGAUCUCUCCAUGUUCGAUUCAAUGGAUAACCAGGGUAGCUUUGGCGGGUUACAAAGCUCAUCUGGUAUGAAUGAGAAGAAGAAUGAUCCCCAAAUGAACUUUAACGAUACAAACGCUCCACCUUCUGCUGUGGCUGUACCGGAGAGUGAAAACCCUAACAGUUAUUUAACAUUAAAUGAUUUCAACGAUUUGGGAAUUGAUUGGAAUGCUGCUAACGAUAAUAACGAAUUGAAUUUAGAAGACUUCAACCUAUAG